GAAAAAAAGAAGAAGAAGAGAAAUCCUCUGUACGUCUCUUCUUCUUCCCUUCAUUCUCUUCUUCGGCUCAACGCUGUUUUUGCUUUCACAAUAGGACGAGAAAGAGAAGACAUCAAAAGGAAAGAAAAUAACCCAUUUUUUCCAAAUCCAUCGAUAGUUUUCUUUUUAUAAUUUUAUUCGGUGUUUGAAGCUUUUUAACCGUUGAAGAAGAAGAAGAUGAUGGUUGCAAACAGUUUUGAUUUGUGGCAGAAAGAUGCCUUCUUUUCUGCAGCUGAAGAGGUUCAAGAAUCUGCUGAUAUAAUGGAAUCAGCAUAUAGGAUGUGGAUCAAAGAGAAGAGAGAAGGGUUAAAAAUUGAAGAUUCAGCUCAACUUUGUAGAGAAUUGCAAACUGCUUUAGGCACUGCUAAAUGGCAGUUGGAAGAGCUCGAGAGAGCAACACGAUUGAGCCGUGGACACCAUCGUAGCGAUGAUAUUACAGCAACUAGGCACAACCAGUUUAUCGCUGCCAUCGAGAGUCAGAUUUCCCGCGUAGAAGCUGCAUUUAAAGAAUCAUUUUCCGAGGGGAAGCAACCCCUCCGGUGGGUUAAUUUGAAUGAAGAAGAGUGUGAUGAUUUAGCAAUCUUCCUUUCCGGAACUUCGCCGACACUGCAAGCAUCUACCAAGAACACUCGUACGGAGAAUCGCCAUAAGAGAAAAGAGACAGAUUCCGAUUUUGAUGCGACUUGUAAUGGAGAUACGUCUGAACUGAAAGUUGUUAAAGAUUCUAGUAAAGAUUCUGAAUGUCUCAUCGAUGUAGGAGACAUCGAAACUUCUGGAAGGGCAGACGACGUAAGUUGUGGACAAGAGAGAACAACUGGUACAAGGAGAACAUGGACUUCACCGAAUUUCGGUGCACUGAGAAUAGUAAUCGCUGAUGAAUACGAUAAUAGAACCCAAAUCGAGUCAGGCAUCGAGUCCACACCUAAAGGAAAAGGAUCAAAGCAGUGCUCUGGAUGCGUCGGCGGGUUAUUACGACAUCUGCAAAGUCCGGUACACUUGCAGUUUAGUUGCUCGCUGCAACUUAAACUUGCUUUGCUGAUAGCUAUUUUUCUUAUCGUGCCAUUUGUGCUUUAUUCGAGUUGAGAGCGAGUGGCUGCCACGUGCUGUUGGUCACGACCAAGAGGUGUCGGAUCGAUUUCCCCAGGCAUCGGUGAAGAUUGCGAGCUUGAAUCUCGUUCCCGGUUUGUUUUCGAGAUCCAGGCGAAACGUCGUCUCGAGCUUGCUCGGACAGAAAAAGGGUUUGUUUGCCAUUUCAUUGCCACACUGUUAAUGCAUAGAUGGUCAUGCAUGCAUAUAAUAUAUAUGUAUAUGUUUGAAGGAUACUUUGUGGUAUAGCAUAGAGCAGCAGUCCCAUGGUCAUUUCCCAUGGGAGCUGAAGCUUCAUUUACUUAAAUAAAUAUUACACUAAUAUUCGAAUGGCC